AUGGGCGACCCUGGAGGAUCCUCUAAGACAAACCCCGUAGAUGAAGUCAGGGAUGAAGUCAACGAGGGCAUGCCGCGAGUCCCUCGAGUGGUCGUUGAGCGCCAUUCGGUCGUCCAGGGGUCAUUGACAGUCGCUCGGGGGCCUGCAGGCAGUCGUGGACUCACCGUUGCCGACCUGGAUGUCAUCCCCCUUGUCGACUUGGGGGGAGACGACGUCGAACCGGUGCGGCCAGGAACAGUCCAAACGCUGAAUUUGGAUCCUCUCCUUGUCGAGCACUCAGAUGUCGUUCCUGGUCUCGAGGUGGUUGAGAGAUCCCGCCGGAUUGCUCUGCUGAACGGCGCGGGUGAAAGACGUCUGUUUGGAGAGCUGCUCGAUGAACUGCGGACGUUGAGAGCGAAGAAGAUCCUGGUUAUUUUCAUCCGACACUUCUUCUGCGGUCGCUGUCAAGACUACGUCGAGGCCCUGGCAAAGCUGUUCCCGAAUCCACGACAAGAUCUCCCAAACCUGACCAAUCUAGUGAUCAUCGGAUGCGGCGCGCAUACUCUGAUUGAUGAAUACAGGAAAACUACCAACUGUCCGUUUACUAUCUACGCUGAGCCUACCGGGAAGCUGGUCAAGCUCUUUGGCAUGAAACGCAAUCUUAUCGUCGGCAAGGAUGCUCCAACCUUCUCUGAGCGGACUGGCUGGUCUUUGACCUGGCAGGGAAUCAAGCUGGGCCUCAGCCGUAUCUUCAAGGGAGAUGCUUUCAAGGCAGGAAAUCCCAUGCAGAAUGGAGGCGAGAUUCUAUUCGAGUUCGAGCAACCACCCAACGGGCGCGGGAUACUGGCCGUUCGUGCUACUUGGUGCCAUAUCAUGAAGACUACUCGAGACCAUGCUCCAAUCAACGUCAUCCAGCGUGCCCUUGGUGUGCAAAGUCAGUAG